AUGCACCGCUAUCUUCGCCAGGCACACAAACUGGCAUGGUACGACCAGGAUGGCACACGUUCCACAUAUAAUCCCUUCAAGAGAUACGUACGAGGCCCCAUCAUCUCCGUCGAACUAGGAGAGCAAUUCCCGCGCUCACGGAGCAUGGGCGACCUCCGCCUCCCAGAUGAGCCUACUCAGCAAGCCGGCUUGGAUGGUGACUUUCCGAGACCCGCCCAUGCAUACACAUUUCCAGCCGAGGGGACCGGCAGCUUGAAGGCAGGAAGAAAUUCUCUCAAAAGAUCCAUCAACUGCGAGACGGACGUCUCCAUAGCGCAGGCAGAGGGUGAGAUAACUCAGGACGCUGAGACCCAAUGCCGCCAACAAGGAGAUUUCGAUGGAAUUUUGGGAUCUGCCGGCGAAGUGUUUCAGUCAUCGGGGGUUGGCGGUGGGAAGGACCUUGAUGGCCCCAAAUUCUCUUUUGGGAGUCAAAUCCGCGCGACACUGUUCAAUUCUUGGAUUAAUGUUCUCCUUGUCGCAGCACCUGUGGGUAUCGCGCUACACGCGACAAAAGCGAAUCCGAUCGUGAUCUUCGUGACUAACUUUAUUGCAAUCAUCCCGCUUGCUGCAAUGCUGAGUUAUGCGACCGAGGAAAUUGCUAUGCGAACCGGUGAGACGAUUGGUGGGUUGCUGAAUGCAUCGUUCGGUAAUGCGGUCGAAUUGAUAGUCGCCAUCCUUGCAUUGGUCAAGCACGAAGUCGUCAUCGUACAGACCUCGUUGAUUGGGAGCAUGCUGUCAAAUUUGUUGCUGGUAAUGGGCAUGUGUUUCUUCUUUGGCGGUAUGAAUCGCGUUGAGCAGCAUUUCAACCUCGUCGUUGCGCAGACAGCAAUUUGUCUGUUGGCGUUGGCUAUGGCCAGUGUAAUGGUUCCUACCGCACUGUAUUGGCGGUCGAAUACCGACCACGCAAAGACGACAUCUUCUGUGACGACAUCUUCUGUGACGACAUCUUCUGUGACGACAUCUUCUGUGUCGCGAGGAAUAUCUGUCCUCCUUCUCAUCGUUUACCCCGUUUAUCUUUUCUUUCAACUUAAAUCCCAUGCAGACCUGUUCAACGAGCCGUCGAAGAAGGUUGCGAAGCGCAGUAGAAAAGCCGGCGAGGCUGGGGUUGGCAUCGCAGAGAUUGGAGCUGCCAUGGCCAGAGCCCUGGGCGGCUCACAGGCUCAACAUAUCAACGUGCAGUACACACAAUAUGAGCCGGAGCAGCCACAGUUGUUGGUUGAAGUCGCUAUCGGGACGCUAGUUGCUUCGACGGUUCUGGUGGCCUUGUGUGCCGAAUUCAUGGUUGACUCGAUUGACGCGCUCACCGCGACCGGGCACGUCAGUGAGACCUUUGUCGGUCUGAUCUUGUUGCCAAUUGUUGGUAAUGCGGCGGAGCAUGCUACGGCGGUCACGGUCGCAUACAAAGACAAAAUGGAUUUGGCAGUAGGUGUGGCAGUUGGCUCGAGUAUACAGAUCGCAUUACUGGUUCUCCCGCUGAUUGUGAUAUUGGGAUGGAUCAUUGGAGUUGAUGAUAUGACCCUUAACUUUGAUGUGGUCCAAGUAACCGUGCUUUUUUUGGCUUUUCUGUUGGUCACCUUUGCAAUUACGCACGGGAAAUCUAAUUGGUUUGCGGGUGUCCUGCUCAUCGGGCUCUACGUGAUACUGGCAAUUGUAGCUUGGUUUGGUUAG